UAUCCAUGUAUCAUAUGAUUCCAAUUUACAACUCUCCAUGUGGGUAUUUUAUUUUUAUUAUUCUUAAUUAAUAAAAACCCCAUUUUCCUACCCACCUUCCCACAACUUGUGGGGGGCGGCGGCCUCUUGUCUAUUUCUAUAUAAGCCUGCAUAUAUCUUCUCUUCAUUUGAUUACUGCUGAAAAAAAACCACAUUACACACACAAAACCAACAAAAAACACUGUCAAAAACUUGUCUUAAAAAAAAAAAAAAAAAAAAAAAAAUUCAAUGGAAUUCACAAGUUUGCUCAAUACUUCAUUGGAUCUUAACUACAAUCCUCAACGAAUCUUCGACGAACCCGAUUUUCGAAAACAAGAAGCCGAUAGAAGGAAUCAUCAUCAUAUUGCAACUGUCUCAGAAGAGAGAGGGGCUUUGAUGGAGGAGCUAAGUAGGGUGAGUGCUGAAAACAAGAAGCUGAAAGAAGAGCUAACUGCCACGUGUGAGAAUUACACUGAACUCAAGAAUCAGUUGAUCAAGUACACAACAACAAACAAGAACACCCAAUCGCCGAAGAGGAGAAUCGAAGCCGUCAUACGUAACAACAGUAUAGAUAAUGUAACGGAUAAUAUUAUUACCAAUGGCAAUUCCGAGAGCAGCUCGAGCGAAGAAGAUUCGUCGAAGAAACCGAGAGAGGAACUCAUCAAGGCCAAGAUUUCGCGGGUUCAAAUCCGAACCGAAGCAUCCGAUACAAGCCUUAUAGUUAAAGAUGGUUAUCAAUGGAGGAAAUAUGGGCAGAAGGUUACUAGGGAUAACCCUUCUCCAAGAGCUUACUUCAAGUGUUCUUUUGCUCCUACUUGUCCUGUCAAAAAGAAGGUUCAAAGAAGUAUAGAAGAUCAAUCAAUAGUGGUUGCAACUUAUGAAGGGGAGCACAACCACCACCACCACCAGCCUCAGCCCGCCUCAAAACUCGAGGCGAGUUCGACCACCAAUAGGAGCUCGCCACUUGGCAACGCGGUGUCCACGGCAGGAUCCACGAUUACGCUCGAUCUCACGAAAAGAAAGCAAAGUCCAGAAGAAUCAAGAAAUGUAAGAGGCAGAGUUGAAGCACCAGAACUUCAACAGUACUUUGUGGAACAGAUGGCUUCGACCUUAACGAAAGAUCCGAGUUUUAAAGCAGCCUUAGCGGCUGCUAUUUCUGGAAAGUUUCUUCAACAGAAUAAUCAGACUGAAAAAUGGUAGAGAGAUCAAAAGGAGGCAGCUGUACAUUUUCCUUCUUUUUUUUUUUUUUGGAUGCAAAUUCGAGACUGUCGAAAUUGAAAAUUUAUCGAGCGUGAAAUUUGAAUCAGUGUUUUAGCACCAAAAUAGGAAACAAUUUUGGGAAAUUAGUAUUUCUUGUUGAGAGUUCUUCAAGUUAACCGAACCCGCGAUUUCAUUUGAAAUCGCGAAAAAUUUUGAG